AUUGGAAACACCAAAAUGAGCCUUUGCCCGUCUUCUAUCGCAGGAAAAAGCCUCCGCGCGCUGCUGUCGCCGCUGAGCUGAUUCGCCUCGUUGGACGGAAGGAAGGCGCGUGCUGCCGCCGCGGGGACCCGACCUCUGAUUCCCACCAACUCUGACACACGCAGCUGCAGAACCCCCCCCCUCCCCCAAAAAAAAACCCACAUUCCUCACCGGACGACACAGAGAGACGCGAUGACGGCGCUGCUGGACCUGAAGAGUAGUGUGCUGAGGCAGGUGCAGAGGAGCCAGUCGCUGAGGAGCCGAUGGGAGCCGCCGCCGCCGACCCCCAGCAGCCCCCUCAAGCACUCUUCUGACCCCUUACCUCGCAGGAUCUCCGAGGAGAGCGUGGAGUUUUUUGAUCGCGUGAAUGCCAUCCUUCAGAAGCAGGAGAACAUGCUGCGGGCGGCCCAGGCCGAGGGCGAAGGAGAAGCCUGCACGGCGCCGCCGCCCCAGGAGCACGUGGACCAGGCCUUCAUCCCCGACAGGAUCCGAAGGACUGAGCUGGACCUGCUUUAUGAGGAAGCUGUGUACACGGUGGUCAACCGGGUGGGAGUGCCUUCGCCUGAACACGUGAGAAGUGAGGAGGACCUGUUUGCUUACCUGCUCAAGGUGUUUGAUAUGGGUGAAGAGGAGCACGACAUCAUUCUCCAGAAAGUUCAAGCGUCCAAGCGAGCCAGUUUCUCUUUGAGAGUUUCCGUCAUGAAGGCGAAGAAUCUGAUGGCCAAGGACGCAAAUGGGUACAGCGACCCCUACUGCAUGCUGGGAAUCCUGCUGGGCCAGAGCCCGCGGGAGACGGAGGAGAAGAAAGAGCGGAAGUUCAGCUUCAGGAAGAGAAAGGAGAAGCUGGAGAAACGCUCCAGCACCAAGGAGGUGUUACCUGCAAGGUGCAUCCAGGUGACCGAGGUCAAACCGGAGACGCUCAACCCCGUGUGGGAGGAGCACUUUGUCUUGUGAUGAAUUGAUGAUGUCCAUAAUGACCUCUUGCAUCUGGACAUAUGGGAUCACGAUGAUGACGUGUCCGUCGCAGAGGCCUGCAAAAAGCUCAAUGAAGUCAGCGGACUUCGAGGAAUGGGCAGGUAUUUUAAGCAGAUAGCAAAGUCUGUCCGCUCCAACGGAUCUGCGUCAUCGGGCUCUGAGGAAAACGCUGACGACUUCCUCGGAUGCAUCAACGUCCCUCUGAAUGAGUGCCCAAUUGUCGGCUAUGACACCUGGUUUAAGCUGGAGCCUCGUUCAAGUACGUCUAAAGUCCAGGGAGAAUGUCACCUGAUACUGAAGCUCUUCACCAACCAGAGGGACACGGCUUCUUCUAAGACCGACUCAAACGUCUCCAUUCACAAGAAACUGCUGAGUCAGAUCGUGGAGUACGAGCACGCUCAUGUUAAGCGAGAGCCGUACAACUGGAACGGGCAGGUCUGUCCUGCGGCCUGCACGGUGCUGACGCACCACGCCGUGCAGACGGAUCUCUCCCCCCUCCAACAGGCUGUUAUACGCUGGCAGUGCUACAGCAGCCACCACCGCACCCAGAGGCUGUGCUACUCCCUGCUGCUGCGCCUCCUGAGGACCAUCGACGCAGAGUGGGACCCCUCCGCCGUCAGGGGGGAGCUGGAGAGGCAGCUGUCGGACAGCUUCAGGCUGUACACAGAGCACUGCCUGUGCCUGAUGAAGAACAUGCGUCAGGUUUUCCCCUGCAGCAGCGCCGCGGCCAUUGCACGCUACGAGCUCAUGCUGAGGGGGGUCGGCUACAUGCAAAACAUGCCGGCGUUUCAGACCGUGUGUCCCCUUCGGCACGAUCUGCAUUUGGACAUCACCACGGCUGUCAAGAAAGGAACCGCGGAGUGGUACGAGAGCCUGAUCGCGCAGUUCAAGCCAGAGGACGGGACCCUGGAGGAGCAGCUGAAGAAGCUGGUCCAGGUGGUGGAUGCCGUGUGUGCAGACGUGCAGAGAGCCCAAAACGUUUACAACAAACUCUUCUACAGUACAGUGAAAGAAGAUUUCUUCAGCAUAUCAUACAGGCAGUUGGAGAAACAGGUGGCGGACGACGUGAACGUAGCGAUGGAGCGCGUCUGUGGGACUCUGGAGCAGGAGAGCUCCAGGCUGACGCAGGCGAUGGGGGAGACCAUCUUUGAGCUCUUCAUGUCCUUGAAAAUCCUCAACGGCUUUCGGGAGUUCCUUCCUCUCAAGGACGCCAAGAUGCUGGCCCUGACCGGCUCCCACAACUGGUUCAAGUCAUCGAUUCACAGGUGGCUGGAGAUCGUUCACGAGCGUUCCUGCGACAGGAUCCGUAACGCGGUGGAAACGGACAAGCUCGAGCGCGCGCAGCAGGCCAAGCACAGCUCGUCUGCCGUGGAGGUGGUAACGUGCCUCAGCCAGGUACGGGAGAUGUGGCUCCAGCUGGCCUGGCCGGACUCUGCGGGGGCCUUCAUCUUCGUCACUCGCCUGACCGACAACUUCUGCAGCGAGGCUGUGUGCUAUUCAGAGAUGAUAACGCGAAAGAUUGAGAGGAACCAGCUGGGGCAAGACCACAAGAGCUUCACAGUGCAGCUCUGCGUGGGCCUGAACAACACGGAGCACGCGCGCGUUUUCCUGGGUCACCUGCCCCGGGACCUGGACUGGCAAGGUGUGGAGCGGGCCAUGGAGGAGUCCUGCGGCGCCGAGGGGAAGGAGCAGGUUUACAAGGCUCUCAACGGGCAGCUGGUCAACAUGGACCUGGACCUGCAGAGGGAGGCCACGCGGCUCAUCACGCUGCUCACUGACAAGAUGCAGCCUGAGCUUCGGAGGUACAUCCAGCACAUCAGCUUGUCUCCAGACUCCAUCAACAAUGACGACGCGGUGUCGCCCCUGAUGAAGUACUUGCAAGACACCAUGGCGAUCCUCACUGAAAACCUGGUGAAGGAGAAUCUGACGAGGGUUCUCCAAAGCCUGUGGGAGCUGCUGCUGCGGAUGAUCCUGGACGCCAUCGCAGAGAACGCCGGCGUUCAGGUGGAGUUCUACAACCGCUUCCAGUACACCGUGGAGACCCUGUUGCAGUUCCUGCAUGUCAAGGGAGAAGGUCUCUCCCUGGAAGACAUGAAGAGCGGAGACUACAAGGUUCUGGAUGAGGAGCUCAGAAUGAAUAAAUGCUCGUCCUUCGAGCUGAUUGAACAGUACUAUCUGGAGAAGAUUUCCCACCAGAAAACCCUGAAACACACUCGCUACGGCCGGAUCAGUCUGAAGUGCUACUACGAGGCUCCGGAGCAGCGACUGACGGUGGAGAUUCUGCACGCCGCGGAUAUCAUCGCGCUGGACGCCAACGGUCUGAGUGACCCUUUCGUCAUCGUGGAGCUCUGCCCUCACCACCUGUUCCCCGCGGCCAAGAGUCAGCGCACGCAAGUCAAACUGAAAACGCUGCACCCGGUGUUCGACGAGCUCUUUCACUUCCACGUCAGCCCGGAGCAGUACCGGCACCGGUACGCCUGCCUGACCUUCACCGUGAUGGACUACGACUGGCUCUCCACCAACGACUUCGCCGGGGAAGCCGUGGCUCCGCUCAGCGACUUCUGCUGGCCGGGGAGACCCAGCGCCUCGGCCGCGGGCAAGAGCGUCCAGCCCGUCAUCCUCCACCUGUCCCGCAGCAAACCCAGCGAAAAGCCGAUCAUGAGGAUGCUGGGACGCCCGCGUCGGCGACAAGGGAGGCUCAGGAGUUUGUCCCGCAGGCUGAAGGAGAUCGAGAAGUCGAUGGAGGAGGAGUAGAAGCUGUCCGUGCUGCCUGUGUUGCCGUUUUUCUGACCACGUCUUGCGACAUGUGCUUUUGUACCAGUACGAUGUUUACAAUAUUUGAAUUUUUUCCAACGUCACCGUUUGUCCAGUAACUAUACCAAAAUCAAAAGAGAAAAAAAAGGGGGGGAAACAGUGAAGCUUAUUGCUGUUUUCUAAGUGGGAGAUGAACAUCCUGUCACUGUGCAACCCUUUGCUGUCUCAGUCAAACUAUAUUUUACAACGUAACGGAUAGUUGAUCCUAAAUGUUUACCAGUCUAUAUCUUUUGUAAUGAGGUAAUUGUUAUCUUUGUUGUACGAUCUUUGAUAUGAUAGAUUUCAGAACUAUUUUGUGGAAGUAGCUUAUGUAUCCAAUAGUAUUCUAUAGAGUCUAAAUCUAUACCUCAGAUAUGCCCUUUAGUUGCAGGGGAGUGACCAGCAUCAGGACACUUUGAAGAUAAACCGCUUGAAAGCCUAUUUAGGGCGAGAAAACUUGAUCCCACGUAGAUUUCCUUAUGUCUUGAAGCAAAUAUAGACAUAUAUAUAUAUACGGUUGGGGGGAUUUGGGGGGGAUUUGAGGCACUGCACUCUGAGUCGUGGUGUUUUAAGGCCGGUGGGACAGCUCAGCAGCAUCAGCAUCACAUUGCUCUUCUCUGAGCUCGCUAUGGAUCAUUGAAGAGGCCCAAAGUCUUUCUUCUCGCCGUCUGACACCAGUGAGCCAACAGCAACAGAUUUUGCCCAACCCCCCCCCCCCCCCCUCCCCACCGAGGGGAAACAAAAAAUUUUGGGAGCUCGCCCACGGACAAGAAGUGGCGCCCAGUCGAUAAGUAGCCUCGCACAUUAACCUCCGUGAAACCGCAGCGCAUCGUUUUAAUCGCUUCGUCUUUAAGAAACGCUUUAGCUCGAAUAGACAUAAAUACCUAAAUGUUUGUUUAAAGAUAUUUAGUGUUUAUUUCAUUGAAUUAUUACAAGUUCAAUUCACUUUCUUCUUCAAAAUAAUAAUUUUACAGUUUUCCAUCAUUUAUGAAAUUGAACAUCAAUUGUCGUAAACGUUUUUCCUGUGCGAGAUGAAGUUAUAUCCAGAGCCAGUCAUGCGUUUACGGUAAUGGGGAUCCACCAGGAGACCCUGAUGGCUGGUAAUUGAAAAGGAGGAGUUACACUGUCCCCGGAGAUGAGGCAGUAUGCUGCACAGUGUGCGUCCAGAUGGAGGCUCAUUCCACCAAAUGAGCUCAUGUAGCGCCCAGAAGAUCUGGAAACAAUCGCGAAACAUGGCGAGGCUCUUUAGAAUCCCAGCUUUAAGUUAUUGUGGGAACAGAAUUUCUGUGGGGUCAAAUCUCUCGGGGGGCAGAGAAAUGAAAACGCACAAUGAACCCGUGCAGUGGCAUUAUUAAUCAUGCAUUAGGGGUCAAGUACGACCCGUAGCAGCUCUUUAAUUCCAAUCCCCUUCUCGCCAGUCCUCCAAAGUGACGGAAAGGUCCAGAUAAUAAUGUCUCUGCAAAAGAGAAAUAACAGUCCGGCUGCCGAGGAUUACUGGGAAUUAGGAAAAUGGGAAAUCGUUACGCAGAUGAAGGAAUCAAUUCAAGGUUACGAGUGCAGAAUAGUCGAGGAAAGGUAAUCACGUCCUAAAGAGCAGUACUACUUUUCCUCUCGAAACACCAAAUCCUGGACUAAUGAGCUCGGCUUCGGUCCCUGAGCGAGGUGUAAAUCACCUGCGCGGUGCACCGAGGCAAAGAAUAGACCACGAUAAUGGAGGCAUUAAAAGUAUUUAUCAGUCCAACCCGGGUUUUCAAAUUACAGGUUUCAUUUCAGCCCUUUGCACCGAGUGGAAGUCUAAACUUCUUUCAGGAAAUCGAGUACAAGACCGACUUGAGUUGAUCUAAAGUCCAUUUAAGGUAUAAUUUAGUCACAGUGCAGGAAACUGACCCUUACUGUCACAAAUGUAGCUUCGAGUGAACACUGUUAAACCAAUAAUAAGAUAUGCUAUCAAAGCAAUGUAGACUCCUCUACUUAAAAAAAAAAACGUGCUACCUGAUGUUGAGUUUGUCUUUGCAUGUUAAUAAAAGCUUCUUAGUGAACACAAGUCGGGUCUUUAGCAGUUGUUGAAUGUGUCACUUGUGUUGUACCUUGAUGACGAGACAACAGGAACACGGGAAACGUAGCGAGAGAUGUACGCGUGCAGUAGCUGCUAAAAACACAUCCAUGCUGUGAGAGAGAGAGAGAAUCCUUUCAGUCCAUCGGGACAGAAAACGCCUUUACGUUUUAUUUGAGAUUUUAAAAUACCGCCCUGAAAACGUCCUGCAGGUUGUCCUUCACAAAAAAACGACUCCAGUAGGAUAUUUAGAAUUAUGAAUGGGUCUUUUGAGGGAAAUAUUCUUAAUCCUCUGCGAUAUCACAAACCAGAUUUUCUGGCCAGAUGUUUACACAAAUACAUUCAACCUCACAUUUUACAGCAUAGAAAACGAAAAAACUGGUCGCGUUUAGACUUUUAGAUGGAAAAUCCAGGUUCUUGGUGAGCAAGGCAGUGUUUUUCCCAGUCAAUGCAGGUGUCUAUGUUCAGUAUCGUAGACGUCCUUUAGUUGCCCCCAAACGGGCAACAUGGUGAGUAUCAGUUGAGUAAAUGUAUUCUGGUGAUUUUCAAAGAUUCAAAUGUAUUUUAGUCUUCAAAUGUUCAGUGAGGUCAGUUGUUUUAUUAUAGUAUUUAAGGCAAAGGACUGUGAAUUUACAGAAAAUCAUCACAAUUUAGAUCCAGGACUGUCAGCUGGUAUGCUUUAUUUAAGGUACUAAUAUAGAAAUAUUUACCGAAAUUAGUUUUGAUUUGUUUUUGUUUUUUCGUCUGCCGUCUAAAUGAAAAGGCGACAGCUGGUGAAAAGCAUCCUCGAGUGGAAAAAUACCUUCAAUUUGUUAUUGUAAAAGUGAAUUAUUUGUCUUUGAAUUGUAAAUGCCUGUGUCGCUGUUUACUGGAUUAUACCUUUGGAAGAUGUUUAUGACCUUGAAUAAAGAUUGUAUUUCAAUUUGAA